AUUAUGAUGGUUGCUCAGAGUAUGAACUAGAAGAAUUACAGAAUUCGGAACAAGAUUAUGAUUACUACUCAGAGCAUGAACUAGGUUACGAUUCGCAGAAUUCAGAACUAGAUUACAAUUCCCAGGAUUCAGAACUAGAUUACGACUCACAGAAUUCGGAUUCACAGAAUUCAGAACCAUAUUUCAACUUACUGA